GCCGGGCUUCAUUGGAUUGCCGAAAGGAACUGGCUGUGAGGGAAACAAUGGCAACGUCCUACAGGUGACCGUGCCCUUCAUGCGGGAGCUUCGGAACGAGACCUACUACAUGUUCAGAGCUUUGGUGGUGAACCCCCGCGAGACCUUCUUGAACGUCGAUUCACCAGAGAAGUAUUGGCGCAUUGAGUCACGAGCCGGAGGCCAGGAUCUCGUCGACCUGAACCGGGUAAUCCCCUCCUUUGCGAUCUACCCGCGAUUGCGAUACUUCGCGGUGGCUGCCUUGUCGCAGGUGGGCCUCGCAUCUACGACCUACCGGAUCCACUUCCGAACGGACCAAUCGUUGCCACCACAGCAGACCGUGCAUAUCCACCCACCCACGGGGACGACUUUCGGUGGUCUUACCGAUGGCACAUGCAUUGACACUGAUCCCGUGCUGCUCAGCCUUCAAUUCCCGACUCCGCUGAUUUCGCGAGUAACUCGCUUGCCCGAGUGGGUUUCCUGCCGGGUAGUGAGCUCGACAGAGCUGAUGCUGCGCAACGAAGAGCCCAUCUUGGGCGGUCGCCCGCUGAUCUCAGGUCCUGUCUUCGAGUUUUUCGUCAUGAAUGCGACAAAUGCGGAGAGCACGCCACAGCUCAAUCUGUUCCAGAUCGAAGCCAUCACAAGCACGGCGAUGGGGAAGGAGGUUUGGACAGCACCGGGCUGGGUGAUCUACCCGGAACUUACCAUGACAUCAGUGGAGACGGCCAAUCCUGGCUACGGACUGUACACGAACUUCACCCUUACGCUUCAAACUGUUACAGAGGUGCCAUCCGGUGGCUCGAUUCGAAUCAUUGCGCCCGACGACUAUUACUUUGGGCCGCUGAUUGAAACAGCAGAUACCCGAUACGAUCCACUGGAGUCCGAACCAGCACCACAAGGGGCCGGACAGGAGCGCCCUCCAGCACAAAGAGUCACGAUUUGCCACAUCCUCCGAACCGUGGCCUGGGCAUGCGCGCUGGAGUUCACGCCUUGCGUCAUCAUGGACGAACUGGACGAGCUGAGAACGCUUGGCAUGGUUCUGUCACCCUCGCAAGAGGAUGCCUGGCGGACGAAUCGGACUCUGUGCUUGGAUAUGAGGUCGAAAUGUGACCCCGGAGGAAGGCUUUCAGACCUCAUCUCCUGUGAAAGCCAGGGCAGCACCUUGGAUCUCUACGUGGCACCACAAGUCUUCUUGCCGUCUCGGCGGAUCUUUCGUUUUUUGAUCCAAGGUUACAAUGCGCGAAAUCCUCCUACAAGUGCUGCUGCGAAUUCGUGGCAUUUCAUGACGCGGAACUCAGACAGUGAGAAGACGAUCUUGGAUGAGAAGCCACAGGUGCCUGGAGUGUCACUCAUCGGAAUCGUAUCCGUGGAUUCCAUUGUGCCAUCAAACACGAAGGUAAGUAGCAUUGAGAACUACGUGACCGUGACAUUGCGGUUGGCUACGCAGUGCGCGCGCAAUGGUGACCAGCUGGACGAAGUCAUAACCACAGAAAGACAACUUCACACGACAGAGCUUAGCCAUGACUGUAAUGAUCACUGCAAAAUGUCGCUGGCUGAAGUCCAGGAGUGGGCCUGUGGCAUUUUCGCCGCCCCGGGGAAGGCACGGAAGGUUGCACGCCGCCAAGCUGAGGCAGCUGCUGCCGUACUUGGAGGUGGAGUUGGUGGAGGGUUUACGUGGCCAGAUUCUGACCAAGCAACAGCUGCGUUGGCAUUGCAACUGGAUUCCGGCCCUGUCAAGCGUCGAGCCACCCACAUGCUCCGGUCCGGUGUUUGUCAAGCACUUUCCUGGGCAGAUGCCGGAGGCCCCGGAUCAGCCAGGUGCUCGGACCGCCUCAGCAACUUGGCCGUGGCGCUGCACUCUCCGACCUCGUCCAUCCGCAUCCUGUGCGCAGCAUCACGAGCAAGUGCCGGUCUUUGGCACAGUCUGAGAAAUGGCAUACUCUCCAGACAGGCUGCUCUUUGUGCGAGCGAGGAAGAGCUUCUGGCAUACGGCAGAAGUGCAGAGCGACGCAUGUCGGAUAGAGACAAACUUGCGUGGCAACAGUGGAAAGUAUCCAGACCAGAUGAGGCUUCAGACGUUUCUAGCAGUGCUUGGACUUUGCCAGACUCGGGAGGGCAGAAAGAAAUCUCGGAAUUUCAAGAGCCAGCGAAGAUGACAUCGCUGCGUCCCUAUCAGUCCGAGGCUGUUGCUGCGGUUCAGACCGCGUCGCCGUCGAACUGCUGUGUUGUAUUGCCCUGUGGUGCUGGCAAGACCCGGGUCGGGGCAGCUAUCACAGCACAGUUUUUGAAUGAACAUCCGAAAAGCUGUGUUGUUGUCCUGUGCCUCCGUCGUGAAGGUAUCCGGCAAUGGUGCCGUGAAUUGCUGCAGAACUGGGACUUAGGGGCUCUUGAGGUUGGUCAAGCCGGCGCCCAUGCACUGCGAACCUGCAGGAUACUGCUGGUAACGUACCAUCGUAUGUUGUCUGAAAAGAGGCGUUCUCAGACCCCAAAGUCUUUGAACUGGGAAGAUGAUGGCAUCGGUGAAGGAGGCGCUCUUGAUGAAGACGCGGGGGGGGCAGUCGCUGCCCGCUUUCGCUCUUCAUCCGAAGCACUCCUGAUUGCCGAUGAGUGCCACAUGGUACCGGCACCAAAGAUCUGCGAGCUCUUGGAGACAUUACUAGAAAACAAGAAGGGCCGCAGGCUUGUUGGGCUGACAGCAACGCUUCUACGCGAGGGCGGCGCGGGCGGCGCGGGCGUGAAAGGUGCGCCUGAAGGUGAUGUUCCCUGGCCAUUGCUUGGCACCUGCGUGUUCCGCGAAACCUUCACAAACCUGGCCCCCGAGUAUCUCGCCCCGGUUCGAUGCCUCGAGAUUUCCGUACCAGUGGCCGGGGAAUGGCGCAAAAUGUUCAAGAGGCAGCCACUUGCAGCAGCUGUUUGCUUGUCCUACCAGAAGUGGGUUGUCCUAGAACACCUGCUUGCCAAGCAUGCCGGCGAAUCCAUGUUGAUCACAGUCGAGCGCUGUGAACAAGCCCGGCUGCUGGCCGCGAUGUUUGGCAUCAUACCACUUGACGGCUCUGUUCCGGCUUCGCAAAUGAAGGACUACCUUGAACGCUUCCGGCAGCGAAAAAUACUGGCACUGGUUGCCACACAUGUUCUGGAUGACAGCGCCGACUUCCCCGAGCUGUCUGUGAUGAUACAGAUGGGCGGCCAUUUCGCAAGCCGCAGGCAGGAGCAGCAGAGGUUGGGGAGACUUCUCAGAUGGGGCCCCAUCAAGCGGCAGCGCUGGGAAGCCACCGGAGCACGGCCUACAUUCUAUGUACUGGUGCAUCAAGGCACCAUAGAAGAGAAGAUGAGUCGACAUCGCACAAAGUCCGUCCUAGGAGUUCAAUACGAAUGUGUGGACGCUUCCUCCGUGACAUCUAGCCCAGAGUCAUGCUUGGGUGGAGGAAGUGACUUUUUACAUCCCGGGCUCACUGGCGAGAAGGGGAAUGACUUUGAAAAGAAGCAUUUGGAAGUCAUGGUGAAAAACUACAGGAGUUGCCUGGAACUCUCGCAACAUGUAGCAGCCAGCCUUCCACAGCGAACAGGUUGCCAGGGCACCCGAGAGUCUCGUCUCGCGGAGAUCCGUCGAUGGCUCAACGGCGAGUCCUUGGAGAAUGGCAUGCAGGCCUCUCCCUCGACAGCAUCUUCAAAGUCGUCAUCGUCAGACGGAUCAUCAGACUCAUCAGGCAAUAGCUCGGACAGCUCAUCCCUGUCUACAGAUUCCUCGAAGCGGUCUGAAGCAAAUGCUGCAACGAAAGAGCUGGCUCCAAGCAAGGCCGGAAGGAAGCGCAAAGCUUCCAACAUCAAGGAAUCAGCACACAGCAAAAGAGAUGGCCGGGACGGUCGUGGUCGCGGUCGCCGUGCUCCCGGCUCCAAGGGUGGAGGGAGAAGGACCCUCAAUAGCCUCUCAGUUACUUUGCGCCCCGGGAUCGAAGGGAUGCAGAGCGAGAUAGACCUUACAUUUGCAGCAGCCACAGAGGAGAAACAACCAGAAGACAGCAAGAUCUUUACGCAAAUCCAAAAAUCCGAUCACUCGCCCCUUGCGAUUGAUUUGGAGUAG